GCCGCUCAGAACUGCCAGCAUCAGCCAGGCAGUCUCCCACGGCGGAAGGAUAACGCUGACUGCAGUGCAGUGUAACACCAACAACGUAUGCGUCUAUUUGCUGCCUCUAGCAGGUGAUGCGGUCAUGCUGAGCGCUACGUGUAUCAUACUUUAGCUCCGCCCCCGCUCUCCAACGUCAUCAUCGUCUUUCCGGCUCAAGAUGGCGCCUCCCAUGUUGCUGCUGGCAGUCAGGGGAUCCGAUGGCAUCCAGUUGAUCCAGGGGCCUCCAAAGUUUGCAAACUUUGAUUCAUUUCCAAGGGAAUGUAGUAAAAAUUGCAAAAUAUCCAAUUUUAGCAAGGAUGGAAAACUGUUUGCAUGGUGCAAUGGAGAAGUAAUAAACAUAGUGAGCAGUGCUGACAGCAAGUUGCUGCACACCUUUGAUCUACCCAAAGUAGUUAGCCUUGAAUUAUCUCCAAAGAACACAAUCUUGGCAACAUGGCAGACCUACACAACUGGAAAAGAUGGCGCUGCAGGCGUGCCCAACCUUCAGUUGUACGACCUGAAGACCGGAAAGUGUGUGAAAUCAUUCAUCCAGAAAAAGAUGGAGAAUUGGUCCCCAAGCUGGUCUGAAGAUGAGAACGUAUGUGCCAGGAGUGUAAAUAAUGAAGUGCACUUUUUUGAAAACAACAAUUUUGAUACCAUUGUAAAUAAACUGCAUAUACAGAAAGUGAGUCAUUUUGAGUUGUCACCUGGAGGGCAUCCCUGCAAGGUAGCUGUUUAUGUUCCUGGAAGCAAAGGUGCUCCGUCAUUUGUGAGGCUGUACCAGUACCCGAACUUCAGUGGGCCCAACUCUGCUCUUGCAAAUAAAAGUUUCUUCAAAGCAGACAGAGUGACAAUGUUGUGGAAUUCAAAAGCUACAGCGGUACUAGUGACUGCCAGCACUGACGUGGACAAAACAGGAGCCUCGUACUAUGGAGAGCAGACCCUGCAUUACAUUGCUGUAAACGGGGAAAGUGCUGUUGUACAAUUACCAAAAAAUGGUCCCAUCUAUGAUGUUGUAUGGAACAAAAAUGCAACCGAGUUCUGUGCCGUGUAUGGUUUCAUGCCAGCCAAAGCCACUGUUUUUAACUUGAAAUGUGACCCCAUAUUUGAUUUUGGCACUGGCCCCCGGAAUGCUGCUUUCUAUAGCCCUCAAGGACAUAUAUUGGUACUGGCUGGUUUUGGUAAUUUGAGAGGACAAAUGGAAGUGUGGGAUGUAAAAAAUUAUAAACUUAUUUCCAAGCCAACAGCUUCAGAUGCCACGUUUUUCUCCUGGUGCCCAAAUGGGGAGCAUUUUAUCACUGCUACUUGUUCCCCGAGGUUGCGAGUUGGAAAUGGAUAUAAGAUUUGGCACUAUACAGGCUCUAUAUUACAUAAAUAUGAUGUGCCAGACAACACUGAACUGUGGCAGGUGUCCUGGCAGCCAUUUGCCGAAGGCGUUUUUCCAGCAAAACCCAUCGUUUUCCAGCCAGUUCCAGGAGAUAUCCCAGCAGAGGAGAGUAAGCCAGCCCAAGCUUACAGGCCACCAGCCCUGAGGAACAAACCAGUAACUAGUUAUAAGCUGCAUGAAGAUGAGCCACCCCAAAGCACAAAGCCUCAGUCCACUGAGAAACCCCUGUCCAAAGCCGCUCUGAAGAACCAAAAGAAGAGAGAAGCAAAGAAAGCAGCCAAGCAGGAGGCCAAAGCAGAUGAAUUUGCCGAGCCAGUGUUGCAGAUUAAUCAGGACGUUUCCCUGACCACUGCAACAACUGGUGACCCUGACACUGACAAAAAGAUUAAGAACCUAAAAAAGAAAUUGAAAGCAAUUGAACAACUGAAAGAACUGCAGGCAUCUGGCAAACUGUUGGAAAAGAACCAGAUCGAGAAAGUGCAAAAGGAGGACUCACUACUAAAGGAAUUAGAAGAUUUAGAACUUGGAGUGUGAACCUACCUAGGAGUCAUUUAGCAGAUGUAUAAUCACUUAUAGGAGUGAAUUGAGUUGGCACCAAGAACGAAUUUAAGUUGAGCUAUUUCUUAAUGGAAAACAAUGUUUUCUACAUGGACACAAAAAAUAAUGGACAUUGUUUAAACUUUUAUGCUGGAAUUAUAAUACAAAAGAGCUACAAAAAUUAAGAA